UCAGCUGAUCAGCGGCUGGCUAGCUUGACGAGACAAUAGCAUUCCACCGAGCGGGGGCACGAGAGGGAACCGCGGCUCCGUGUCCGCCUUUGUUUUCCCCGAUUAAGUCCGAUUCAAUCGCCUUGUUCGGUUCUGCGACGUGCGCUCGUUCGUGAAAUAAGUUCAAAAAAUUGUGAGGAAGCCCCUCGGAUCGUGUGUGGGAGGGGCGACACCACCGCAGUCAUCCAGUCUACAGUCGGUCGGUCGGGUGGUCGGUGCAGACGCUGACCAGCAGCAGCAGCAUCACCGCCUCCUCCACCUCCUGCACCGGGAACCUGAGGGGGACCACCCGCUCGGAUGCCAGUGUCCUCCGCGAGCCGCCGGGCUGUGGCCGAGGGGAACAGACAGCCGCCGCGGAAAAUGUGCGCGAAUGUGUUCGGGGUGUUGAAAAGCCUGUUUGGGAAGCCCUUUGAUGGCGGGAAAAGGAUGGACCAUGGCGGCCCGCAGCAGCAGCAGCAUCAUCAUCCAAUGGAGCACCAGCAGCAGCCGUAUUAUCCGCAGCACCCUGCCAUGAUGCGGCUGUACGAGGUCCAGAAGGAGGUGGCGUCGCUGGGGCCUCAGGUCUGCACCUUCAGCGGCCUGCAGCACGACCGCGACUACAAGCGUCUGGAGCGGGAGCUGACUCGCCUGCUGCUGGAGGUGGACCAGGUGGACACGGAGGGCAAACCCGAGCUGCAGGGGGCGCGGAAGAGGGCGGCGCAGGAGGUGGAGGGCCUCCUGCGCUACCUGGAGGAGAACGCCACGCACCCGUCCCGCGGGGCCAUCGAGGAGCUGAGCGAAGAGGCGCGGCGGCUGGUGGACGAACGCGUGGUGGCGCCCCAGCGCAGCGGCGGGGUGGCGGAGAUAAACGACGAGCUGGUGGACGCCCUGCAGCAGCUCGUGCUGAGGCUCACGCAGGUGAAGACCGAGGGGAGGGUGCCGCUCCGCAAGGCGCGCUACCGGGCGCUGACGCGCCUGUGCGCGGUGCAGGACGUGAUCGAGGGGCGCACGCAGCAGCAGACCCUCCCCCUGCCACUGUCCGGCGACACGCACGAGGCCGUGAACCGCAUCAACCAGGUGAUGGUGAAGGUGAGCGUGGCCCGCGGCCAGCUGGUGGCGCUGCUGAUGGGCCUGAGCGGGAGGGACAGCUGCGCCCACCUGUCGCGCAUCCUGACGGAGAUGCAGGUGGAGCUGGACGCUCUGGACGUUUCCGGGAACGCAGCGAUCAGAAAUUACCGUAAGCAGGUUGUGGAGGAGAUCAACGGGCUGCUGAAACAUCUGGACCUGGAGGGGGAAGGAGAAGACACGCGCAGGUAUGAUUUGGCUCAGAACAACUCCAUACGUGAGAUCGAGGCGGUGCGGGCCCACGUGUCCCACCUGCGGGAGGGCGUCCUGCGACACUGCGUGAUGGGCGACCUCAGCUUCAGACCCAAGGCCGAGCUGCAGAGCCUCCUCACGCACCUGGACCAGGUGGACACGGCCAAGAACCCGUGCAUCCGCGAGGCUCGCCGCCGCGCCGUGGUGGAGGUGCAAGCCAUCGUCACCUUCCUGGACCUGCGCGAGGCCCUCGCCAGCCGCCAGCCGGGCCCCAACGAGCACCCGGCGCACCGGGCCGUGUGGCUGGUGCUGGGCAGCCUCUCGGACCUCCAGGCGCAGGUGCUGGGCUUCGACGGCAAGCGGGUCGACAAGAGCUCCAUGAUGCUGGAGGAGCUGCUGACCAAGCAGCUGCUGGUGCUGGACGCCGUGGACCCGGACGGCGACGAGACCACCAAAUUGGCGCGCAAGCAAGCGGUGAAGUUCGCCCAGAACAUUCUCAACUACCUGGACAUGAAGACGGACCAGUGGGAGUAUUGAGUGAAUCCAAAUGAGGGCAUUCGGACGUCGCUGCAGGAAUGAUAGGAGCCGCUAUUGUGUGUGUAAAUAAAGAAAACUGCUACGUUAUCAUUCCAUGGGGCUGUGAACAUUGACUCAACUGCCCAGAGUGCACUGCAGCAGCGCUUCUCUUCCGUCUCUGUGUGAUCGUCACGGCCGUCAACAUCACAGAACUCCUUUUUCGUGGAACACAAUUUGAUUUUGAUUUUUGUGCUUUUGGAAGAUUUUCUUUUUGACAUUUGUGUGUGUGUGUGUGUGUGUGUGUGAAUGUGAGUUUCCGUCUUCGUUGUCGUCGUCGUAUAUUGUCGUGUGUGCGGUUGUCGAACCUGCUGCCAAAGCUCCGGUGGUCACAUGAUCCUCCACCGGACUGGAUGUUGAUAAAUUAGUGCGAUGGAUCGCUUCGCAGCGGCUUCCCCCCGUCCGGCCGGAAUUAAUCCGGGUGUCAGUUGCUAAUGGAAACAGGCCCGGGCACGUUGUGAAUACAGUGACCUGAUUAGGAAGAAUCGGUCCAUUCUGUGAUAUUAGAUAUUUUGGAUGCGGAGAAAAAAAGAAAAAAUCGCAUUAUUCUCUUUUAUUUUGCUGCAGUUUCUUUUAUAAAUCCAAUCUGAUUUGAGUCUAUUUGGUAAAAAAGACACUAGAGACACUAAACAUGCAUUGAGAAAGAUAUUUUUUGGGACAAGAAGUGAAAUUAAAUUAUUGACGUGGGGUCGUUCUUCACUCCUGCGUGACCCUGUUCAUCUCCUCAGACGUCACUGGUGGAGCUGGCCAGCGGAGAAGAUUCAAAAGUACCUUUCCCAUCCGCCGCUUGCGUCGUCGUCCGUCUGCAAGUACGUUCUCAGAUGUUUGUUGUGACUUUGUGUGAUCGCACUCGUCUAUAAAUGGAUCAGAGACACGAAGGAGGAGGUGGAAGUUUUUGCUGUCGCUGCUGCUGCUUUAGGUUUUUUUUUUUGUUUAGUUUAGUUUCUACCCACUGCUUUCUGGGAGAGGAGGAGGAGGAGGAGAUAUCCGUCGGAUUGACGCAUCGAGGCUGAAGCUCACGGGGCCGACGGUCGGGGGUCCUGCGCUGACGGUGAUCGCAGUCGACGGAGCCUUUCGAGAAAAGUUUGACGGGAGCUGCUGCGGCAGGAGGCGGUGGGAGGAGGGCGGGACUGGAAGAGGAGUCCGGUAUCUCUGUGCCUUUAUUUUUUUCACCCUUCCCUUCGAAACUGGGUUCGUGUAGAAGCCUCGUCGUGGUGCAGCGAAUGCACAACUCAUGAGGAGACUCGAGGCACUGAAUGUGUUUACGGAGAGAGCACCUUGGCCAUUAUCGCCACCAGAAAUUUGCACUACUUGUAAGGAAAAUUGAGGCUUUUUCAAAUCAGUAUUUAUCUCCCCCCGGAUCACGGCCCAAUAAUUCCUUCUUCCACUUCUUGCGGCAAUAACCCGAGUCACAUUUGUGCUUUCACACUGCAAGCUGAUGGGACUGCACUUCUGCUAUGAAGGCAAUUAGGCAACAAAUAACAGAAUCAUGUGCAGAAUUUAAAGAACUUCACAGCUUCCCGCUGACCCCCCACAAAAGGACUCCCUGGAUUAAACAUUUACGAGACACUAGUGUCUGUAGUAGAAAUAUACAAAGCAAAUUCUUGACCUUGAAACAACCUUCGCCUCAUUUAGUGGCGGCUCCGGAGCUUUCCAACACAUCACACAUCGUAAUCUCAUUGGUGAAACAUUCUCAUCGUGCAGAAAAAUCAAUUAUCUCAUCGGUGAAACAUUCGUAAUCUAAUUGUGCAAAAAAUCUGUAAUGCCAUCAUGCAAAAAUUUGUGAUCUUGUCGUGCGAAAAGUUCAUAAUUUCAUGGUGCAAAAAAUUCGUUAAUAUUCGGAAUCUCAUGGUGUGAAAAAUUUGUGCAAUCCGCUCUGGUAUUUUUGUUCUGCGUCUGAAUGAGUAAACAGGCAACUGUUUUUUCGCAUAUCAACUUUACCAGCUGAUAAAUGUGACCUUAGAAAUUGGUCAAUGCCGUAUUAAGGACGCAAACGAAGGCGGUUUCAUUUUUUCACAAAGACGAGAUUUGAACCAUCCAGGUUCCCGUCUGCCGGUGACGAUCAGGUGAUGUGACAGAAAUGUCCAGAGCAGCCACUCAAUGGACUUGGCGUCUCGUUCAGUUUGCCAACUCGCUUGUUAAAUCUCCGUCAAAGCUGCUGUUGGACGCGUUGUCUGGCACCGAGCCUGGAGCUCCGCCUCCUGUCGCUGACUCAUACCGGAGGAAAAUUAGAUUAUAACAAGUGUGUUCGUCAAACAUGGUCAGUUCCGCCUGGCAACAGAUGCUCUCUCAGACCAAACCCACCCGGACACACCUUAAGUUCACAUGCUCCUUUUUGUAUGCAGUACAUAUAUAUAUAUAUAUAAUAUAUAUAUUUAAAGAAAUGUUCAUUUAGUCCUCGCAUUUCGGAACACCGCUUCCUUUUUAAACAUCCAUUUGAAUAAUUUAUGAAAGACUAUAUAGUAAAUAUGUUCUGUUUUUCUGUCUCGUCCCCUCGAAGCCUCUGUUUUGUUUUAUGUUUUUUAAAUUCAGUAUUCUCGGCGAGUGGGCGUUCUGGCAACGGUGCAGAUUCACGCUCUGUGGUUCAUGAGUACGAACUUCAGAGGGAAGUGGCGGUGAGGUGAAAGCACUGUUCUCAAAAAAUUGUUUUUGCUGAAGUGGAGUUGUUUUUUUCAGAUGAAAUGAAACAACGAGCACUUGGAAAAACGAAUCCCUGGUGUCGGUGCUGUUUGUACGUACGGCGCUGGUCCCAACAGAUUUAAGUAGCACAAGAAUUCAUGUGGAUUAUAAUCGAGGAGUUGUUAACUGGAGGGCUGCAACAAACAAUUAUAUUAAUAUUAUUAUCAAUUAAUCUGUUAGUUACUAUCUUUAAAAUACGAUGAGUCAAAAAUGUCGUUAAAACCUUCAAAUUCCCAAGGUGAUAGCAUUAAUCUUUUUAGAUUAACUUCCCAAAACACAAACUUACUGAGUUGGACAUUAUUUACGUAUUUUUAGGAUUUAAUCAAACAACUUUGAUAUAAAAAUCUGAAAAGUACAUCAAAAUGUUGAAACCAGAGAACAAAACAAAAAACGAUUAUCAAAAUAUGAACUAAUUCUUGCAGCUCCAGUAAAACCCAUUUUGUAGCAUUUAUCCAUUUUUGUGGCCCUGAUAUUUCUUUGUUUGUUUACAGGACGGAGGAAAAUGAAGUGAACUCUCCCAGAACCUUUAAGGAUGUACUUUACUUCAAGAUUAACUUAAUCUCUAUUUAUAGAUUUUAUACUUAAAAAUAAUCCUUCUGGUUGUUACUGUCAACGAAGAGACAACAAACCAACAAUGUAUAAGUCCGACUUUACCUGAACAGAUGUUGAAUUAUACCACAAAUAUACAUCAAAAAGGAGGAAAUUGUUUUUGAAUUAUUUCAGAUUAAAUCAUGAGGAUUACGUCCAAAAAAACCACAGUGUGUGAUGAAGGAGCGUUUCAGAUUUUAACAGUGUUCGGACAAUAAGAGCUCUAUGGCACAGAGGGAUAAUAACAUAUCAGACUCUGGAAACUCACACACACGGAUACAGUUUUUCAGGACAGAUAAAACUGUUCAUAGUUUCAUUAGGAAACUUCGGAACGUGCAAAAAGGAAUAAGACUCUGGAAUCAAAUUGAAUUGAAAAUGUCUUUAUUCCAAACAAGUAAAGAAAAAAAGAAAAAACUACAAAAGAAAAUAAUGAAACCGGUGGACGGAGACAUAGAAAAGUAAUAUUCACAAACAAUGAAAAGCAUAAAGCAAAAGAAACUGUCCAACACUUGCUGCUGUACAUGUUCGAAAAGAGGUGAGAAGAAGAAAACCCCUCCUCCCCGAGUCGUUCAUCUAUAAUUAAUAAUGAAUCAGCUUCCUUAUUGAAAAGAAAGGAUAUUUUAAGAAAAAAAAGGUUCAAUUGAUCCUGACAUUGUUGGUAUUUCACACUAGAAACAAAAUAGAUUCCCGACCGACUGACGGAUGGAAACAUGAACAAUACCCCACAUUUUAUUAUUGUGAAAACUCAACAAUUCUGGAAAAGGGUCACAGAGCAGUAUUUUAUAUUUUACGCCUCUUCAAAUAUGUUUUUCCGUCAGCUGCAUCGCUUGGGCUCGUCUGCACUUGGCGACACCGGAGUCCAUUAGUGAAGAGGAGUUUUUAAAAGAUUCAGAUCCUGUGGGCAUUUUUAUAAAGUCGUCCGUCUUGACGUCUGUCGGCCGUUUUGCAGGACGAUGCUUUUACGCCGGACAACAAAUAGGUUCGUUGAGUAACCGGUUUUAAAUAUUUGAUUUCCCCCGGGCGCAGGUUGAAUGUAGUCAUCGGGGGGGGGGGGGGGGGGUCUUUGUAUUACGUUGAACCAAAGUUCAUAUCAAUAAGGUGAGAAGGACGAGGUGGCGACGGUGGUGGUAAAGAAAAGAUGUACAAAAGCAGAAAUUCACCAGACGAGAAACAAUUUUUCCUUGUUGAUCAUGACGUUAUUUUUAUUUAAGCACUUUUCUAAGUUCCUCAGUCGCUGUUGGUCGUUGCCUUUCUAACUUCUCUGAAAAUGACGCGAGUUUGUUCUGCGACAGGAAGGGAAUCGAUUUUCUUUCCUUUGUCUUUUGGUUCCCCCCACGAAGAAAUGAAUAUGUUUUCUGAAGUCGCCUUUAACUGCGUUGAUUGUGACACAGGCUUUCGCUGUUUCUCCUCUGAGACACGCUUGUAUUUAAAGGGAAAAAAAGAAGCACACUGAGAACAAAAGAACUUCCGUUGUGUGAAUGCUCCAUGGAUGGUUGUGUUUUGAAUUUGUAUUCCCACUGCAAAAUAAAGACGCCGUGUCUGGA